AUGGCGUCUUACCAUGAUGAGCGACCUAACUGGAUAAAACCAAAUGAUCCGUUCUUUGCUAUGUAUCCCAAUAGUUGUGUAAAUAGAACGGUCUGGCUUUUGAGGACCGUGCCAACUCAAACACCUACAAUUGAAGGAAAACCCAUUUCUAUUUUAGAGUAUUUCAUGUCUAUGGAUGAGGAAAGCUUCUGGUUAGUGAUAGACCGCUGUCCCGAAUGUACGAGCAGCUAUCCUCUUUUUUAUGCUUAUUACCGACGUUUGCAUAGGAGAGACAGUCAAUUACUCAACAUGCUCAACCAAGAAAAUUAUUUAGGCAUAGAUUUGCUGUUCAAGCCUAGUUUAGAGCUCCAACCUAGAAUCUCUGGUAAAAGAAGACUACUGCGUGGAAGGUGUAUAGAAGGCUGUCCUUCUGAGACACGGACAAGCUUUAAAAGAAAUAAGUUCAUCAGUCUGAAAAAUAAAAUUCGUACUACGUUUUAUGCAUUUAAUUAUUAA